AUGUAGGUAGGAAGCGUAUUGCUAGAAAAAGAGAGCUUAAGGUUUUUUGCUGCCCAUUUUAUAGCUAGAUUUGGUAAAGAUGGAAAAGUAGAGAGAGAAACUCUCCACGGACACAACUACCGAAUGAUUGUCAGAGUAGCUGGAUAAAAGCAAAGCAACUAAGCCUACAUUAUUGAUAAGAAUGAAAUUUAGGAGAUUUGCUUAAAAAUCUGCAGACAGUUUCACAGUAAAAUGCUUAUCCCUAGACUUAGUCCUGCACUUGGCAUUUCCGAAAAAGACAAUCAUGUGUUUAUGCAAGUAAAGGGAACUGAUGAAAUAUUCUAGUUUCCAAAGGGAGAUUGCUUGAUUUUGGAUUUAGAAUACACAAGCAUUGAAGGUCUUGCUAGUCACUGCGCCAAAUUGAUUAAAGAAGAGCUAAUGAAAAAUUAAGAUAAUAGUCAUUUGACUGAAAUUUAUGUCACGAUCCGUGAAUAUCAAGGCUUGGAAUGCUAGAUGUGCGAAUAACUUUAAGCAAAAUUAUGA